UAGGUGAUUCUCCUUAUUCCAAUUAAAAAAACCAAUUCUAGGUGAGGGUGAUAAUUCUUACCAACAAAUACUCAUCAAACAGGAACAAAAUUUGCAAAUGUAUGCAAUCUCAAACGGCACACAUGGGAUUGACUUCCAGUCCCCGUGGGAUUUGAGCGAUUGAUGACAAAAACGGCACACAUGGGAUUGACUUGACCUCGUCAAAGAUUCAAAACACAAUUUCCUCAGAUUUCCAGAUUUCCAGAGGAAAUUGCUUCAGACUUACCUGUUUUCUGGGCUUCGAUUCAGAAAAAAUCGUAGCCUUUGAUAACUUUAAAAAAAAUUCUUGCACAAUUUGUUUGGGUUCACCAAAAUUGAACCCAAAUGAUCCUCGUAACAGGCCCGUUAUCUGCUAUAAUAUUGUAAUUCUCUUAUAAGAAAAAGGAAAAAUGGCAGGAUCCAGAAGUACCCUAAAUAAGAGAUGGGCAAGAUGGCUGUUAUUUGCAGUCAUGGCAGUUGGGGUGUGGAAGGUUAUUUUCCUGGGCAGUUUAGAUGCAGGUAUGCAGUCGUCUAUUUUGGCUACAUGGAAAAAUAAUUUCUAUGAGAGGGAGCCCUCAGCCCGCACGCACGGCCGUGCUGGGCUAUAUUUUGAAGGGGUGAAAAAUAGUUCUGGUGAAACGGGUGCGUCGACAAAGGGGGCGGUAUCUAUAGUUGAUGAUAUCUGUGAGGACUGGUUGGAGAAAGAGGAUCGCAUUAUUUAUUCUCGCGAUUUCAAAAAAGACCCGAUUUGGGUUGUUGGAGAAGAGAAGGACUGGAACACAUGUGGUGUGGGGUGUGUAUUUUCAAGCUCAUAUUCCUCAGAAAGGAAACCAGAUGCAGGAUUUGGUUUUCAUGGUGACAGUGAAACAGCCAGUGUUCUCCGGUCCAUGGAAUCUUCUCAUUACUAUCCUGAGAACAACAUAGAUGUUGCACGAGGGAAAGGUUACAAAGUUAUAAUGACAACCAGCCUCUCAUCAGAUGUUCCUGUAGGUUAUUUCUCUUGGGCCGAGUAUAAUAUCAUGGCACCAGUUUUACCAAAAACUGAAAAGGCCCUUGCAGCUGCUUUCAUAUCCAACUGUGGAGGCCAUAAUUUUCGUCUUCAGGCCCUAGAGAAACUUCAAAAGCUCCAUGUUCCAGUUGAUUCUUAUGGUGCUUGUCAUCGAAAUCGUGACGGCAGGGUGGACAAAGUGGAAGCCUUAAAGCACUACAAAUUCAGCCUAGCCUUUGAAAAUUCUAACGAAGAGGAUUAUGUCACAGAGAAGUUCUUCCAGUCCCUUGUUGCAGGUACAGUUCCAGUGGUGAUUGGAGCUCCCAAUAUUCAAGACUUUGCACCUGCACCAAACUCAAUUUUGCAUAUUAGAACGCAGGAAGAAAUUAGUUAUACAGUUGAGAUUAUGAAGAACCUUGCUUCAAACAGUACGGCUUUUAAUGAGACAAUAAAGUGGAAAUUUGAGGGCCCUUCUGAUUCGUUCAAGGCCUUGGUUGACAUGGCAGCAGUACACUCUUCUUGCCGUUUGUGCAUUCAUCUGGCAACACAAGUUCAAGAGAAUGAAGAAAAAGCAAAGGCUAUUUCAGAUAGCCGUCCUUGCAAAUGUAAGAAAGGUUCAGAAACUGUGUACCAUCUAUAUGUGAGAGAGCGGGGAAGAUUUGAAAUGCAAUCUGUCUUCAUAAGGUCUCACAACCUUACAUUGAAGGGUCUUGAGCUAGCUGUGCUUUCUAAGUUCAAGUCUCUGUAUCAUGUGCCUAUUUGGAAGACUGAACGCCCAGAUGUGAUUCGUGGAAGUAAUGAGUUGAAGAUUUACAGAAUAUAUCCUGUUGGUUUGACUCAACGACAAGCAUUGUAUACAUGGAAAUUUCAUAAUGAUGACAACAUUAAAAGCUUUAUAGAGAAAAAUCCUUGUGUGAAACUGGAAGUCAUUUUUGUUUAAGCUACAAUAGCAGAAUAAACCUGUUCUGAGCAGGAGGUUACCAUGAUAGUUUAAGCACAAACAUGGAGGAUCACAAUGGAGGUGUUUCUUUGAUUUGCACUCAAUUGAUAGAAAAAAUACAUUGUUUGGGAAUUCCGUGUUGUAAAAAUACACUUCUUGACUGGAAGGCCCUCAUAUCAUGGGAAGGAUUUUUCUUUUAGCAGACAUAAUCCUCAAAUCUUGAUUCCUUGAUUUUGAAGAUAGCCAGAGAAGAGUUUUCCCCAAGGAAACAGCCUCGAUAUUACAUGUAACUGUACCAUAGCCAACAUGGUAGGGACUUACUCAAAGGAAAAAUGUUACAUUGAUCAAUUUGAAAAAUACAUUAUUAGCUGGAGCUGAGGCACAACAUAGAAUACAUGGCUGUGUAGUGUUUUGGCAACAAAUUUAUAUUUUGUAUUCUUCUGAUAAUUUUUGCUGCUGUAUUUUACAAAGAGGCCUUCAAGAAAUGUUUUAUGAUUAUCUAA